GGAGCUAUCACCUUCACCUGAACCACCCAGCAUGUCUUUCAAAUCUAGACCAGCUGUAUUUGCUACCAAGUUGUGGUAUUCAGCAGAUGGGGACACUCUCGAUACGGAGCUCUCGAAUUGGCUGGCUGGCGUUAAGCCUACUGACGAGGACGACUUUGCGCCGCCCAUCGCAAGCUGUAAAGCGAUCAUCGCUCCCCACGCUGGUUACUCCUACUCCGGCCCUGCAGCUGCUUGGGCGUACAAGAGCAUAUCCACUGCUGGAAUUUCCCGAGUAUUCAUCCUAGGCCCAUCACACGCAUUCUAUCUCGGUGGAUGCGCACUCUCGAAAUGUGAGACGUACGAGACCCCACUGGGAAACCUCACACUAGACAGGGAAGUCAUCGAAGAACUCUACAAGACCAAACGAUUUGAAUACCUUCAACCACGCAGGGAUCAAGGUGAGCACAGUAUCGAGAUGCACCUGCCCUACGUAUACAAAGUGUUCGAGGAGUCCAUCGAUAAUAUCAAGAUCGUGCCGGUCAUGGUCGGUGCUAUCGAUCAGGAGCAGGAAGAAGAGUAUGGGAAGAUCUUAGCGCCGUACCUUGAAAGGGACGAUACACUCUUUGUGAUCUCUUCUGAUUUUUGUCAUUGGGGGCACUCGCAUUAUGGAUACACAUUCUAUUAUCCCGAGACGAUUCCUAGCGAUGUCCCAGGUGUUCAUCUACGCCGUAGCGGUCCGCGCCCCGCACCCUCGCGACCCAUCCACGCGUCCAUUUCCGAUCUGGACCACGAAGCGAUGGAUAUUCUCGCCCAACAGCCUGCGUCUACUGCACAUACCAAUUUUGUAGCGUACCUGGAACGCACGCACAAUACGAUUUGCGGACGACAUCCCAUCGGGGUGCUGAUGGGCGCGCUCAGUGCGCUGGAAGAGAAAGGCAAGCAGGCGAGAAUGAAAUGGGUGCGAUAUGAGCAGAGCAAUCGGUGUGUGUCGUUUGAUGAUUGGAGCGUGAGUUAUGCGAGUGCGUUUGUUACUUUUUUAUAGAGGGGGCAUGCAUAAUGCGAUCGGCGGCGAUGCCAGUGUAUAACAACAAUAUAUUUGACUACAGAUCAUAAU